CGAACCAGCUUGACGUUCAGUAAUGGCGGACUCUGUUGAUAAUUACACUGGCGUCAGGUACUGAAGUCGAACAUUCUUCCGUCAUUACUAUUGACAGAGAGGUGAAUUCGGAUCUCUAAACUGCCAGAACGAAUAAUUGGUGUAAGCGACAGAGAUGUCGACAGAUUUUUAUAUACGCUACUACGUCGGUCACAAGGGCAAGUUUGGCCACGAGUUCCUGGAGUUUGAAUUCCGGCCGGACGGCAAGCUUCGUUAUGCCAAUAAUUCCAACUAUAAGAAUGACACGAUGAUCCGCAAGGAAGCGUAUGUACACCAAUGUGUAAUGGAGGAACUGAAGCGGAUUAUCCAGGACUCGGAGAUUAUGCAAGAGGACGAUUCGUUAUGGCCACAGCCUGAUCGUGUCGGUCGGCAAGAGCUGGAGAUCGUGAUCGGUGACGAGCAUAUAUCAUUCACUACCUCCAAGACCGGGUCUCUCCUGGAUGUUAAUCAGUCGCGCGAUCCGGAAGGAUUGCGAUGCUUCUACUAUCUUGUCCAGGAUCUUAAGUGCUUGGUAUUCUCGCUGAUAGGACUGCACUUCAAGAUAAAACCCAUAUAAUUUCAAAUUUCUCACGCGUCGAAAUAUAAUGAUAAGACUUAUUCUAAUAAAAUGUCUCCUUUAAUAAAAUGUAAAACUUUGUA